UAAAAUGAUAUGCUCAACGAUCAAGGUUGAAAGCGCAAUAAUUCAAUACUAUGGGAAAAUACCAAUUAAUUCAAAUUUAAUACAAACAAACAAAGAAAAAAAAACCGGUUUUUUGAUAAGCAUGUCUGAUUUUUUUACGAUUCUGAUUCCCAUGCUCGGCUUUGUGCGCAUUUAAGAUUCUCUGCUUCGACAUGAAGCACGCUGUACGCUUGUUAUUUGUCUGUGGCUAUUUGCUGGCUCUGGCAAUGGGCUAUACGGUGCCCGAGCCGAGAUUUGAUGUGUUUUAUCCGAAGGGAUUUCAGGUAUCCAUGCCGCAUGAGGAAGGAAUCACAUUGUUCGCCUUCCAUGGCAAGCUGAACGAGGAGAUGGAGGGCUUAGAGGGUGGCACCUGGUCACGUGAUAUUGUCAAGGCGAAGAACGGACGUUGGACCUUCCGAGAUCGGCAAGCGACGCUCAAGCCGGGAGACAUAAUCUAUUACUGGACCUAUGUUAUCUACAACGGCCUGGGUUAUCGCUACGACGACGGCGCCUUUACUGUGACCGGUUAUAGUGACAACACUCAAAAUACUCCCAUUGCAACGAGCACCAUACGAGUUCCGAUUGAACAGGAUAUUGACAUCAGGAUCAACGAAAAUUGUGUGAAGCCCAAGACACAGGUGAACGGAAAUCCGACUCGUUGUAUGAACCAAUUGAUCUUUGUGGAUGACUUCAAUGGCGGCAAACUAGAUGCCUCCAAGUGGACGGUGGAGCAUCGUUUCUCCGGCGUGCCCGACUACGAGUUCAACAUCUAUCUGAAUGAUGCAGCCCAAACAUUGAGUCUCUCCGAUGGAUAUGUUGAUCUUCAGGCGCAUUCGACGAAAGCGCUGCUCAAACAGAGUCUGGACUCCAAGUUGGAUUUGGGCAGCGGAUGCACUGGCAUAAAAGAUACAGCGGAUUGUGUACGCGAUGCCAGAAAUCGACCGGACAGAUUGCCACCUAUUGUCUCUGCUCAGUUCUCUAGCAAACUGAGCUUCAAAUAUGGACGCGUUGAGGUGCGUGCCAAGAUGCCCCGUGCCAGGUAUCUGCUGCCGCAGCUGUGGCUGCAGCCCAAGGCGAAUGUCUACGGCAAAGAUGACUAUCAGUCGGGUCAGCUGAGGAUUGCGUAUGCUCGGCAAUCGAGUGACGGAGCACACUUGGAUUUGUAUACGGGAGCAGUGCUUAAUGCCAAGGAACCUUUGCGUUCGGCGAAACUGUGUCACAAGUUGGGCUCCGCCGACAUCAGCGACGACUGGAGCGAUAGCUUCCACAAUUAUACGUUAGUGUGGACGCCACGAGAGCUCAAGUGGUAUGUGGAUGGCAGGGAUGUGUGCACCCAGGGCAGCGAGAAGGGCGCAUUCAGUGAGACGUCGGUGACCAAUAAGCCGCUUCCGAAUGCGGAUGAACUGGAGAAGGGCACGGGCCUUGCUCCGUUUGAUCAGGAGUUCUAUUUGACCUUUGGUCUGGGCGUUGGCGGGUUUAAUGAGUUCUUCUUCGAUGUGAAGAAGCCGUGGCAUGAAGAGCACCCACAAGCAAUGCGUGAUUUCUGGACUUCGAUCAAAUCACAGAAGGAUCAGUGGCUGGAACAGGCACAGCUCAAAAUCGAUUAUGUCAAAGUUUAUACUGUAUAAAUAUCAUUUCUAAACUCAAUUUAUAACAUUUCUUGUGUAUUUAAAUAAUAAAUAUGAAAACAAUUUCAA